GCAUUUUAUCUGAUUCUCAGAUCGAAUGCCAAUUGAGCGAGCUUGACAACUAUCAAGAUGCCAAACGUCUUUGCAGUACCAGUCUUCUUCAUUUGCUUCCGCGAAUGUCUAGAAACCAGCAUUAUUGUUUCUGUGCUCCUUGCCUUCCUCAAGCAAACUCUAGGCCCCUCGCAAGAUGCCGCCGUCUAUAAGCGGCUCGUGCGCCAGGUCUGGUACGGCGUGGCAGCAGGCGUAUUCAUCUGUCUAAUCAUCUGCGCCGGCGUGAUAGGAACCUUUUACACGGCAGGAAAGAAUACUUUUGAGUCUGCUGAGAAUAUUUGGGAAGGCGUCUUUGGACUCGUGGCUAGCGUCAUUAUCACCCUCAUGGGCGCAGCUUUGCUUCGCGUCAGCAAGCUCCAGGAUAAAUGGAGGGCCAAGAUUUCCAAGGUGCUGGAACAGAAAGAUCUUAAUCUACCUGUCAAAGGUAAACUGAAGCGCUGGACUGAGAAGUAUGCCAUGUUCAUCUUGCCGUUUGUAACGGUGCUUCGCGAGGGCAUCGAAGCAGUGCUGUUCAUCGCUGGUGUAAGUCUCAGCGCUCCAGCGACAAGUUUUCCUCUUGCUGUCAUUUGUGGCCUGGGUGCAGGCGCUCUGGUCGGCUAUCUGAUCUACAAAGGCGGCAACAAGACCUCGCUGCAGAUCUUCCUUGUGGUGUCCACAUGCUUUCUCUAUCUCGUAGCUGCAGGUCUCUUCUCUAAGGGUGUCUGGAGUCUUGAGCAAAAUGCAUGGGUCAAGCUUGCUGGAGAGGGUGCUGCUGAAGCCGGUGCGGGUCCUGGCAGCUAUGAUAUCAGGAAAAGCGUUUGGCACGUCAACUGUUGUUCUCCGCUAGAAAACGGUAGUGGCGGUUGGGGAAUCUUCAAUUCCCUGCUCGGCUGGCAGAACAGCGCGACCUACGGCUCUGUGAUUUCAUACAACGUAUACUGGAUCGUCGUCAUCAUCGGCUUCCUCUUCCUGGGCUGGAAAGAACGCAAAGCCAGCCUCUCUCACACGGCUGAGGUUGCAAGCGAGGCAUCCAGCGAAGAACGCGAAAUUGCCACGGACAAGGCAGGCAACGAGCGCGCCGGAGUCAACACCGCUGUACGCGAGAUUUGAGUAAUGACAUAAAAGGGCACCCGCGCGAGAACUCGGGUCUGCUUUAUAAGGAUAAUGUCAUGAUAAAUGUAUUGGGAGGCCUAGAAGACACAGCCCCAUCUCUCACAAAAAGGCUUAUCGCGUAUAGAGCCGACGCUAAUGCGGUCCAAGAUCCGGAAACAGACCCGCCACAAGAAAUAAUGGAAUUACCCACACCACCUCCUGAAAAACACAUUUCUGUCAAACAAAAGAAUUCUCCGAAAGCCAUCAAACGUAAUGUGAUCGUCGAUGUCGGUCAGGGCUGGCUGCUCUAGCAACGUGUAUUUGUCGCACCGAACGCGUGUCGUUCAAGGGAGGGUUAUUUAUCUGUGGGUCGAACGUACUACUAGUAAUCGAUUGCAGCGUGCAACAGUCAACGUCUGAGCACAAACCCC